GCUCGAAGGAGAAGGCGGGAAAAGGCAGGAUGGAGCGACAGGGAGUGGACAUGCCCCACGUAGAAUGCAAGGACCAGGAGCUGCAGCCGCUGGGGGAGAGCAAGGAACAGCAGCAGUGCGAGGAGAGCCGCGAAGACGAAGCUGGUCGGGGGUCGGCUAGAAGUCAGGUUUCUAGCCCCUCUAUCGCCACCUCCAGUGCCAACCGCCAGCUGAUGAUGCUAGAAGGGAAGUCAGGAUCCUACUUUUCCUCUCUGGAGUCAAGCAUCGACAAUCUGAAGAAGAGGGCUCAGGAGCUGAUUGAAAACAUCAACGAGAGCAGACAGAAGGACCACGCACUCAUGACCAACUUCAGGGACAGCCUCAAGAUCAAGGUUUCAGACCUGACAGAAAAGCUAGAGGAGAGGAUGUAUCAGAUUUAUAAUCACCAUAACAAGAUCAUUCAGGACAAGCUCCAAGAGUUCACCCAGAAAAUGACAAAGAUCAGCAAUUUGGAAACAGAGCUCAAACAAGUGUGCCACACCGUGGAGACCGUGUACAAAGACCUGUGCAUCCAGCCUGAGGCUACUACUUUGGAAGAAGAACAGGCCCACAAAGAUGGCGAAUGCUGAGAGCUACCGGGAGAGAGUCCCCUCUUGGUGACAGCCACCAAGAGAAAGCUAAGAGGCCACCAUUUGGGCCAUGCCGAGAAAAUUGUUUUUCACAGUUCCGUAAUGCAUCUUGGCAAAAAAAAAAAAAAAAAAAUACCCCUAGAA